GCGGGGAAUUCGUAAUUUUGGCGAGAUAUUUUGAAAUAAUUAAGAAAAUGUCAAAGAAAAAGGGUUUAAGUGUGGAGGAGAAACGAAGCAGAAUGAUGGAUUUCUUCUAUGAAAAGAAAGAUUUCUAUCAGCUGAAGGAGCUGGAACGUCUCUGCCAAAAGGAGAAAGGGAUCACAUCCAUGUCUGUGAAGGAGAUUCUCACAAGUCUCGUAGACGACGGGAUUGUUGACACAGACAAGAUCGGAACUUCAGUUUACUUCUGGGCUUUUCCAAGCAAGGCCAGCCAAAAUCGAAAACGCAAAAUUGAUGACUUGAGCAACAAGCUACAAGAAGUGAAGAACAAGAAGCAAGCUCUAGAUGAAGCCAUUGCCAAGGCCAAGGUCGGCAAGGAGGAAACUCAAAACAGAACGGACAUUUUGGCUGAACUGGCCAGUAAAAAGGAUGAGAGACAGAAAUUGGCAUCGCAGUUAGAAAAAUACCGAGAAUGUGAUCCGGAGGUGUUGGAGAAGAUUAAAAAAGAAACAACAACUGCCAUGGAAGCAGCCAAUCGGUGGACAGAUAACAUCUUUUGCAUAAAGUCGUGGAUCAAGAACAAGUUUUCAUUUGAAGACAGUGUCAUUGAUAAACAGUUUGGUAUACCCGAUGAUUUUGAUUAUGUUCAGUAAUCUAAAUGUGCUCAAGCUUUGCCACAUGAAACUUAUAUAAAGAUCAGAACUGUUAAUUAAAACCAGAUCAAAAUUAUAGAAUGAUACCCAAAUGGUAAUAAAUUGUGAAAUGAUA